AUGGAGUGGACCAUAGAUGAGGUUCUAGAGUUCUUAGAGCUAUAUGAUGCUCAACAACAGAUUUGGAAUCCUCGCCAUCCUGAUCAUAAAAAUCGCAGUUUAGUUCACGAUGCUUGGAAGCAAAUUGAAAGCAAACUAAGCGUCAAAAGUGAUAUAACUGAAAUUAAAAAAAAAAAGGAUUCACUAAUGGCCGCGUAUCGAAAACUUUUAAAUAAAGUUAGGGCAAGCAAGGGUACUGGUAGUGGUACUGACGACGUGUACAAACCAGAUUGGUUUGCUUACGAAUCCAUGACAUUUUUAGAUGGCAUUUAUGAGGCAAAAAAAAACCAUUUCAACCUCGAUAUUGUUCCUAUCGACCGACCGUAUGAAAAUAAUGAUGAAGAUCCACCAGUGUGGAAGAUAAUGAAAAAAGAAAAAUAUCAAAUAUAUUCAAGCGAUUUGAGAAAUGUUGAUAUUAUAGAACUGCGAGCUUUUAUUGGCUUAUUAUUUUACUCCGCUGUGUUCAAAUCUAACCAUGAAGAUAUUUCUUCAAUAUUUGCCACUGAUGGGAGUGGAAGAGAUAUUUUUCGCUGUGUUACUAGUAAAAACCGUUUUUCUAUUUUACUUGCAUGUCUACGGUUUGAUAACCCCGACGAUAGAGAGGCCAGAAAAAUAAACGAUCCAGCCGCUGCUAUUUCUGGAAUAUUCAAUACAUUUGUCAAUAACUGUCAGUCUGUUUAUACAAUGGGUACAUGUGUAUGUGUAGAUGAAAUGUUAGUUGGAUUUCGAGGACGGUGUAAAUUCAAAAUGUAUUUACCACUCAAACCUGUAAAAUAUGGUUUAAAAAUUAUGUGUUUAGUUGACGCUAAAACCAAUUAUUUUUAUAACGGAUAUAUAUAUGUUGGAAAAGAUUCUGAUGGAAAUACUUUAGAUGAAAAUGAUAGAAAAUUUUCUAAACCUACUCAAUCUGUUUUACGUCUUACAAAGCCAAUAAAUAAAACUAAUCGUAAUAUCACUGCAGACAACUGGUUCACGUCAAUUGAACUUAUUGAAGAAUUAAAAAAGAGAGGGAAUACUUAUGUCGGUACUAUCCGGAAAAAUAAAAGAGAAAUUCCUCCAGAAUUUUUGCCUAAAAAAAAUCGUCAGGUCGGCUUGUCAUUAUUUGGUUUUACAAAAGAUAUUACUCUUGUUUCUUUUACUCCAAAAUCAAAUAAAUGUGUGAUUUUAGCAUCUUCUAUGCAUCAUGACAGCUCAAUUGAAAAUACUGGUAAACCUGAAAUAAUAGAAUUUUAUAACUCAACAAAAGGAGGUGUAGACAGCCUAGACCAAAAAUGUGCUAUUUAUUGUACUGGAAGACGAACUCGGCGAUGGCCAAUGGAAAUAUUUUUACCACAUUCAUUAGUUGUACCCGAGAUGGAAAGAAGACUUCAAAAUAAGAGAAAGUGA